AUGAGAGUAAACCAGACACUCCUGGAAGAAUUUGUCUUUGUUGGCUUCUCUUUCUACUCAGACUGGCAAGUUGUCCUCUCUGUUUUCUUCUUUUUUCUUUAUAUUUUCACUCUCACUGGCAAUCUGGCAAUCAUGGGUCUCACUUUGUUAGACCGAGCUCUCCAUACUCCCAUGUACCUAUUCCUCAGUGCCCUUUCAUUCUCUGAGACUUGCUACACAUUAACUAUUGUUCCUAAAAUGUUGGUUGACCUACUAACCAAAAGUAGGACCAUUUCUGUUCUGGGAUGUGGACUCCAGAUGUUUUUUUUUCAUGGUCUUGGUGGUACCAACUGCAUUAUUCUCACUGUGAUGGGCUAUGACCGGUUCCUGGCCAUCUGUAACCCUCUUCGUUACCCAGUACUCAUGACCAGUACAAUAUGUGGGCAUCUUGUUGCCUUAGCUUGGACUAGUGGUUUCUUUGUCUCCUUAGUGCAGACCACCUUGAUCUUUUCAGACUCAUUUUGUGGCCCCAACCUUAUAAAACACUUCCUCUGCCACAUGAGAGCAGUAGUCAAGUUAUCUUGCCUGAAUGGUGCUGUUAUAGAAGUUAUUGUCACGGUUAUCUCAGUAUUGGGUUUAAUAGGGACAUUUCUAUUCAUCCUUCUUACAUACGUGUUCAUUCUCUCUACUGUGCUCAAGAUCCCUUCAGCUGAAGGGAAGAGGAAGGCUUUUUCCACUUGUGCAUCCCACCUCACUGUGGUUAUUAUCCAUUUUGGCUUUGCCUCCAUUGUGUACUUGAAGCCAGAGACUACAGAGAGAGAUGACAUUCUCAUGGCUGUUCCUUAUACUCUUAUCACACCUUUCCUCAGUCCACUAAUUUUCACCCUGAGAAAUAAGGACAUGAAGUAUGCUCUGAUUAAGGUACUGAGUAAUAAAAGUGGUUUAACUAAAUCACCUUGGGCAGUUACUAUUGGUGGUCAACACCAAGAAAAGAGUAAGGGAUUUUCUCUGAAACCUGUAGUAUAA